UUCACAUCACACGAGUUCUUACCCGUGUAUCGCGUGCUUGAAACGUGGCCGGCGAUUAUGAAACACGCUGGAGUGCUCUACAAUCGGGACCCGUGGCGCCAUCGGCAACAGCGCGGCUCCUCGAUGUAAUAGACAACGUUAGUGUAUCGAAAGCGCGGCAGCCAUGACAAUCGCUUACCAGGCCGAUGUCUCGACCAGCUCUCUGCUCGGUUUCUGGAAGCUGCUCGCCCGAUGGCGCGGAUCAGUGUACAAGCUCAUCUUCCGGGAACUUCUCGUGUACGGAUCAGUGUACGCCGCGAUUUCCUUCUCGUACCGCUUCCUGAUGACGACCUACCAGAAGCGCAUGUUUGAGAAGUUCGCCAUCUACAGCGAUCGCGCCCUGGACCAGAUACCGCUUUCCUUCGUGCUCGGUUUCUACGUGAGUUUCGUAGCUGCCCGCUGGUGGAACCAGUUCACGACCAUUCCGUGGCCCGACCGCUUGGGGCACGUCGUGCUCGCUUACGUGCGCGGUGAGGAUGAACGCGGUAGACUCCUGCGGCGUACUUUGAUGCGCUACGCUAACCUGAGUCUCGUGGUCGUGCUGCAGUCCAUCAGCGGAUCGGUGAAGAAACGCUUCCCCACUACGAAGCAUUUGGUGGACGCGGGCUUCAUGACGACGGAAGAGAUGGAGAUGUUCGAAGCGGUGCCGACGAAGGUCAACAAACAUUGGGUGCCCUUUAUUUGGUUCAUCAAUCUGAUCGGCAUGGCGGAGAAGGAGGGUCGGGUUCCGCCUGGUCCGCCGGUGAAGCAUAUACUUGAAGAAGUGAAUGUGUUUCGUUCCAAGACGUGUCUUCUCUGGUGCUACGACUGGGUGACCGUACCUCUCGUAUACACUCAGGUUGUCACACUUACCACACAUCUGUUCUUCGUGACGUCACUGAUUGCCCGCCAAAGCUUGGAUCCAAGAAUGGGAUAUUCUGGACACGAAAUUGAUGUCUACUUCCCCUUCUUCACGUUUCUCCAAUUUAUAUUCUUCAUGGGCUGGCUUAAGGUAGCCGAACAACUCAUCAAUCCGUUCGGCGAAGAUGAUGACGACUUCGAAACGAACUGGCUCAUCGACAGACACACACAGGUGGCGUACCAGGCCGUCGAUGAGCUGUAUGCCAAGGUACCUCGCAUUCAGCGUGAUCUGUACUGGGACAGCCACGAGCCGGACUUGCCGUAUACGGAGGCGUCGAUAAUGCACAAGAUCCCAACCUACCGUGGCUCAACGGUAAAUAUCGUAUGCACCGAACCGACGAAGAAGAAGCGUUGCUGGACUCCUGGCCUGCGCUGCACAAAGUGGGCCGAAGGUUUUCUGAGCCCUGAGCUUCGCUUUGCCCUGACAAAGGAAACUAGCGCUUCGCUGCUUCCGCUUACCAAAAGCCUUCUGCCGUCGGCUAGUACAAGUUCCGAACUGCCUGCUUCCCCCUGAGCAUUGCGCUAUGGGUCAGGCACUGUUUGAAGCAUGCUUGUUGCUUCCUAUUGUUGUGGCUGGCUCUGUAAUGCUAUGUUGUCCACGUUUCUGCCGGUUGUUCUCAACGCCAUCGGGCAAAGGGAGGGGGGGCUGUUUUAUUUAUGCAUUGAUUUGUUUAUUUAUGCACUGAUUUGUUUAUUUAUACGGGCCCUUAGACUGCCUAGGUCUAAAACGUAGUGCACAAUGAUCUGUUUUUCAACUAUGGCGUACAUAAGAAAUGCGAUAUCCCUGGUAGUAUUUAGAUUCGCAAUUUUAAAACAAAAUUUUUAGUACUGUUUUAAUGUUAAACUAUCAUUUUAGCUUUUGUAGGUUUACUCAGGCUGGAAAUAAAGUGAGAGCCAAUUUUUGCACAGUGUAAGCUAUUUUUCAUCAUUUGUUUUUUGUUGCUAAUGUUUUGUGCAUGACGUCCGUCUUACUGUGCUUGCUUUCGUAAUUUAGACAAACAAGGUAAUUUAAAAGGUCAUUCUGCUGUUAUUUGUGCAUAUGUUUUGCAUGAAUUUGCCAUUAUACAGGUUGCAAACCUAGUAGCACGUUACUUGUCAUCCUUUGAUCUGACCUCAAUAAAUGUUUUAAGAACCCUUGCAA